UAUUACUUCCUCUCCUAGUGGUUAUCGCAGUCUAAUUUUUUAAGAACCAAAUGCAGAUAUCUAGCCAAUCUAGGUAUUCGGGAACCUGAACACUCGAAGUCUCAAAUCAAUAAAAGAAAUCACAAGGAAACUGAUAUAGUUCGAAAAAAUUCAGAUGAAUUUCUCAGCGAUUAGAUGGUCGUUGAUUUUUUUGGUUUUGUUCGGUAUAAUCAAUUCGAGCAAUGUCGUUGCUCAACAAGAAUCCAAAAGCAACAAAUUCAGAGAACGAGAAGCCACUGAUGAUUCAGCCGGUUACCCUAACUUGGAUGAAAAUGAGUUAUUGAAUACGCAAUGCCCACGAAAUUUGGAAUUGCGAUGGCAAACAGAAGUGAGUUCCAGCAUUUAUGCAACUCCUUUGAUUGCAGACAUUAACAGCGAUGGCAAGCUAGAUAUCGUGGUUCCUUCAUUUGUUCAUUACCUAGAAGUGUUAGAAGGAUCAGAUGGGGAUAAGUUGCCAGGGUGGCCUGCUUAUCAUCAGUCAACUGUUCAUGCCAGUCCUCUGCUUUAUGAUAUUGACAAAGAUGGAGUUAGAGAAAUAGCCUUAGCUACGUACAAUGGCGAAGUGCUCUUUUUCAGAGCUUCAGGCUAUCUGAUGUCAGAUAAACUGGUUGUACCUCGGAGGAGAGUUCGCAAAAAUUGGUUUGAGGGAUUAAAUCCAGAUCCCGUUGAUCGCUCUCAUCCUGAUGUUGAUGAUCAGCUGCUUGUACAAGAGGCUGCUGAGAUGAACUUGGUGCCACGUACUAAAAAGGAAUCUAGUGUGCCUGAUAUACCAUCAAGCGGAGGGAAUCCUGUUAUGAUCAAUGUGUCUUCACUCAAUGUAGAUAGGAAAAAUGAUGGCAUAGAAAAAUCUAAUCUGGAAAUUGCUAAGAGCAUGAAUGUGUCCCUUGAUGCUGGGUCAAUUUCGGAUGUAAUGAAUACAUCGUCUGUGAAUGAGGGCAGUAAGAAUGAGAGCCAAGAAAGCAGCAACCUUUCAAAGAUUGUGACUAAUUCUUCUGACAAUACUGUGUCAAAUGAUAAUACUGUAAAUGUGGAAAAUGGAGCAAUCAAUUCUUCGUCAACUAAUGGGUUGGAUAGUAAUAUGAAGACAGAGAACAGACAAAACUCGAGGAGACGACUGCUGGAAGAAACUAGUUUUAAAGGAGCCGGCGAUGGUAGUGAAAAUGUUCAAACUGCAACAGUGGAGAAUGACAAUGCCCUUGAAGCAGAAGCAGAUUCCUCUUUUGACUUGUUUCGUGGUAGUGAUGAACUGGCAGAUGAAUAUAACUAUGACUAUGAUGAUUAUGUGGAUGAGAACAUGUGGGGGGAUGAAGACUGGACUGAAUCACAGCAUGAGACUGUGGAAGACUAUGUCGAUAUUGACUCCCAUAUCCUUUCCACUCCUGUCAUAGCUGAUAUAGAUAAUGACGGGGUAUCAGAAAUGGUGGUUGCUGUAUCAUAUUUCUUUGAUCGUGAUUAUUAUGACAAACCGGAGAAUGCAAAAGAUUUGGGUGGUAUUGAUAUUGGAAAAUAUGUUGCUGGCGGCAUUGUUGCUUUCAACCUUGAUACAAAACAAGUUAAGUGGACUGCAAACCUGGAUCUGAGCACAGAUUCCUCGAAAUUCCGUGCUUACAUAUAUUCUUCACCAAGCGUGGUCGAUCUGGAUAACGAUGGGAAUCUAGACAUUCUCAUUGGAACUUCUUUUGGCUUAUUCUAUGUGCUUGACCAUCAUGGCAAGGUGAGAGACAAUUUUCCCCUUGAAAUGGCUGAAAUUCAAGGAGCUGUGGUGGCUGGAGAUAUUAACGACGAUGGAAAAAUUGAAUUAGUGAGUGCCGAUGUACAUGGAAAUGUUGCUGCUUGGAAUGCUCAAGGAAAGGAAAUAUGGGAAACACAUGUGAAAAGUCUGAUUCCACAGGGUCCUGUUAUAGGUGAUGUGGACGGGGAUGGCCAUACAGAUAUUGUGGUUCCGACUAUAUCUGGAAAUAUAUAUGUCCUUAAUGGAAAAGAUGGGAAACAUGUUCGUCCAUAUCCAUAUAGAACGCAUGGAAGAAUCAUGAAUCAGGUUCUUCUUGUUGAUUUGAGCAAACGAGGGGAGAAAAAGAAGGGACUUACCAUAGUCACAACAUCAUUCGAUGGUUAUUUGUAUCUCAUCGAUGGACCAACAUCUUGUGCAGAUGUUGUUGAUAUUGGCGAAACUUCAUACAGCAUGGUUUUGGCGGACAAUGUUGAUGGUGGCGAUGAUCUUGAUCUUAUUGUAACAACUAUGAAUGGAAAUGUGUUUUGCUUCUCUACUCCAUCUCCACAUCACGUGCUUAAGGCAUGGAGAUCAGCUUAUCAAGGACGAAACAAUGUCGCAAGUCGAUACAACCGGGAGGGGAUUUAUGUCCUGCCUUCGCAUAGAAAUUUCCGUGAUGAAGAAGGCAAGAACUUCUGGGUCGAGUUUGAGAUUGUUGAUGCCUAUAGACACCCAUCCGGUACACAAGCACCAUAUAAUGUCACGAUUACCUUGCUGGUUCCUGGUAAUUUUCAAGGAGAGAGAAGCAUAAAACAAAAUAAGAUAUAUGAUAGCCCAGGAAAAUAUCGUAUGAAAUUACCAACAGUUGGGGUAAGGACGACUGGGACAGUACUAAUUGAAAUGGUGGACUCCAAUGGUCUGUCUUUCUCGGAUGAGUUCUCACUUACAUUUCAUAUGUAUUACUACAAACUACUGAAGUGGCUCGUAAUCCUCCCUAUGCUUGGUAUGUUUGGUAUUCUGGUGAUCCUUCGUCCACAAGAAGCAGUGCCAUUGCCCUCAUUUUCAAGGAAUACUGACUUGUAAGAUUUGACAUUUAAAUGCUGCUGCAUUUUGACAAAUUAUACAUCGAGUUCGGGAGCCUCCCUAGAAACUGCAUUGUUGGGAUAACAGUAGGUAGGUCAUUCCCUAGCGCAGCAUCUUGAGCUGGGCUGCCCGCUAUAUACCCCCACAGCUGUUGAAGUUGGCUUUGUAACUAAGUGUGAUACAUCUUUGUCCCUUUUUGAUGGGUGCGAUAGUUGAAUUUUGAAAUGUAAACUGUCUAUUUAGAAGAAAGGUAAAAAAAAAAAUAGCUUUGUUUUUUUCUAA